AUGGGGUCUAUGGCCAUGGCGACGCACAUGUCUGCUUGCGAGUCGCUCCUCCGCGGCACUGACUACGCACAUGCACGAGACCGUGUGCGGUUAUUUCUCGGCAUCCUGCGGGUGUUUGAAGGAGUGUGGCCGGAGGCUAACAAAUGGUCUCUUGAGAUGAGACUCAUGGCCAAGGCAGUGUUUGACAACCGGGAUAAGGCUGGGAACCUAAUUGCAGAUCCACUGGGAGCUUUAACGCAGAUCGGGGACGAUGGGAGUAUUGAACAACGCGUGAAUGACGGCAGCGCUGGCAGUAUUGUGGAAAGUGUAGUCCCCACGGUGCUUGCACUGGAGGCGCUUGGAGAAGCCGCAAUCGCCGUGGAUUUCGUCCAUGACCGCGGGAUUCGUGCCGUUGGGGAGCCACCGAAGCGACGUACUUCUCUCGACAUAACCGCACCUGCCAUGGAACUUUUGGAGCUAGGUAUGGUUGCGCUAGGUACUUGA